AAGACCUAAGACAUGGCUACACAUUACACUUCCAGAGUCACUAUUUCCAUUGUUGUUUUGCUUGCUUCCCUUAUCACAAAUGUUGUUGCAACCAAAGAAACAACAUUAUCAGAUGUUGAUCUUCUUGAAUUUCCUCUUAAUUUAGAGUACUUGGAGGCUGAAUUCUUUUUAUUUGGAUCAUUUGGUCAUGGAUUGGAUGCAGUGGCUCCAGAGUUAGCAGAUGGUGGGCCCUCUCCUAUUGGUGCCAAAGUGGCCAAACUGAAGGAUCGUAAGAUCAAGCAAAUCAUAUUUGAAUUUGGUUUACAAGAAGUUGGACAUUUAAGGGCCAUAAAAAGCACAGUGAAAGGGUUUUCUAGGCCUUUGUUAAAUCUAAGCAAAUCAACAUUUGCCAAGGUGAUUGAUAAUGCCUUUGGAAAACCUCUACACCCUCCUUUUGAUCCUUAUGCAAAUGAUAUCAACUUUUUGCUUGCAUCUUAUCUAAUUCCUUAUGUUGGCCUUACUGGAUAUGUUGGAACCAAUCCACACCUCCAAAAUGCUGCUUCCAGACAGUUAGUUGCAGGCCUUCUAGGAGUAGAGGCAGGUCAAGAUGCAGUUAUACGAACAUUGUUAUUCGAGCGUCGCGAAUUGAAGGUGAAACCUUAUGGAGUUAGUGUGGGAGAAUUCACUGAACGCAUUUCAACGCUUAGAGAUAUAUUAGGACACGGGGGUGUGAAAGACGUUGGAGUUGAUGAAGCCUCAGGAAGCAUUGGCAGCACCAUCCUUGCAGGUGAUGAAUCUUCCCUGUCAUAUUCAAGGACUCCACAAGAAAUAUUGAGGAUUAUAUAUGGAAGUGGUAAUGAAAGUGUCCCUGGUUGCUUCUACCCUAAGGGAGGAAAUGGACGUAUAGUUAGAUCUUUCCUACACACAUCUUAAUUAGAGUUGUUAAGAACUGAAUCUCUUACUAUUGUGCCUAUUUGUAGGUUGUAAGACACCUAGAGAAAAUAUAAUAAGCAUUCAAUAUGAUAUAAUUAAU